UACUACAACUAUCACUACUAAUUUAGGAUUGAAAUGUCGGAAAUAACCAGGAUUCAGUGAAACGGGUGUAAAAUGUGACAAUCAAUAGGCGAGAGGGCACGCGUGGAAUGCUAGCGGGCUAAAGGCUAGUCUAUAAGUCUAUAAUUAGUCUAUAAGUCUGUCAGUAAUAAAUGCAUCUAGUGCGAAUCGCAUCUAGUGCGAGCGCGCAUGCAAGAUGUUGAACUCCUAACCGCGGGUCGCGUACAACGGCAGAGAGGUAAGCAAGCGCGUGCACCCAUGUCUCUCUCACACGACAGUCAGACCAAUUGUGGCAAUUCAUCAUAUGCUUAAACUUUUAGCCACGCAACAAAAAAUUCAGCAUACAUUUACCGGGACGUGAUGGAGGAACAAAUAUUGUGAGACACACAGACACACUCUGAUGUUUGCUUCUUUUAGAUGGGCAUGUGAUGCCGUAGAUAGAGGAACUAUGCAUUAAAGGUGCGGUCACCGAUUGUCAAAGAAGGCAAGGGCAGACUCAACUGGUGGUUUAAAAACCCACUGUCUGCUCCAACACCAGAUAGCGCUCCAAGGCAACUUGAGCACCUCUGGCAACGAUGGAGCAACCCAGAUAGCACUCCAGGCCACCGGAAGCGCCUGUGCAGUUCCUCUGGCAUCGCGGGACAAGACAUAAAAGAUUUUUACAUUGUAGAAAGGUUGGCAGAAUGUGGUUAAUUAAGCAUGUCCCCUAAGUUGAUUGAAUAACUAGGAGGGUGGGAUCUAUUACUCCACUCUAGUCAAAUGGGGUGGAGAUGGGGGCAAAUGGGGGUUUGGUCAUACCUAUCCUCCAGGAUGCACCUGGGUGAUGCAGGUCAGCUUGGUAAAAGUGAAUGGUCUUCAUUGAUCAUAUAACAUGAGGGAAAGAGGAUCAGCUCAUGCAGAUGCAUUCUGGGCUUAAGAAAAUGUGGGACUAAUAUUAGUCCCAAAGGGGGGAUGUGUUGGGGAAAUCUGCUUGUUCUAGUCAUUCAAAGCAGAACUCGGCAACUGAAAGACUUCUUUGCUGAUUUUGACUUUUUUUGUCGCAUCUUUUACCCGCGAGCUCCCCCUACAGCUGUGGUCCGUAUAUUUCCCAACACUGUCGUAAAAAGUUCACUAGCGGCACCCUUCUCCCCCGUUCUACCUCACGUGCAUUUGUUAUAAACGGAGCCGGCCAACUGCGGAGCGUUGUGGAGCUACAGUAUGUCUACCGAGGAGUCAACUUCGAACUCGGCCUCGUCCGAAUUCACCCCUCAGGCUAUAGGAACCAGAAGUGCUAAAGCUAAAACUCCAAGGCAAAGGGCACCGAGGAGGGGGGGCACAAGACCCAAGGACCUAGAACCUGAUGUCCAGAGGAGGCUGAGGGAACUGCAAGAGAAACGUACACAUGAGUCCAAGGAGAAAAUUAAUUUGCUGAACCCUGGCCAGAAGCAUGCUCUCCUAGAGAAAGUACUCACAAGACUACCUGGGUUGAUGUUUGACAUCUUAUCUCUAAUGGAGGUACCACAACCACCGUACGCUGACCCAGAAGGACUUCACUGGUGCGUGUGUGGCCAUUGUCGUGAUAUGACAACAGACAUUGAGAAGGUCUGCUGUCGCCAAACCCACGAACAUUGCAUCAGUAACAUGGCAUACAUGGCUUACUAUGUAUUAGACGAGGGGGUGUUGCGACUGGCCCGUGGAGCUUGGAAUGACAUUUUUGCAAUAAAUGAUCACCAGGAGCCAGGGGAGGAGCAGCGACAGUAUCGACAUUCAGCCUACCGCCAGUUUGUGCUGUGGCAGCAUGGCCGCCUUGGAAUAGGGAACAGGGUGGUCAUCCCAAGCUGUUGCGUGUGGAAAAUUAGAGACUGCUUUCCUGACCCAAGGGGUCAGUACACGGGAUUUAGGGUGACACGUCAUGUCUGAAUGUUUCAUAAAUUUUCCUUAUUUAUUAUAAAUACUUAUUUAAAACUUAUAAUAAUAUUUGGACAUUUGAAUAGAGACAGUUUUUUCAUUGAAUGUAUUUAUUUGAAAUAAAAUAUAUAUUAUUUAAACAAG